GGCCUUCCAGUUACUUCUUCAGUCGCGCACCAAACCAACUCAGCCCAACCUUCAAAACCCCCUUCACACGCAACAUCUCCUUUCUCUAUCCUUACUUCUUUAUAAGCCUCCCUUUUCUUCUGAGUUGGAACCGGGAAAAGAAUACCCAAAUCCCGCAUUCAUCAUGGCCUAUAACCGCCCCUACGACGAGGAUGCUCUCCCUAGGUUCGCUGAGCCAGAGCCUAAACCAGGACAGUCUAGGACACCUGCCCCGCAGCAACACCCUCCUCCUCAGCAGCAGCACCAGCAGCAGCAAUAUGCCCCUCAACAGCAGUAUCACCACCAACAGCCUCGAUACGACAAGCCUCUACCUACCCAACGAGAUGCGCGAUCCCAUUCCCUAGGUCAAGGUGCUUACGGCCAUAUGUCGCCGCCUCCAAACCCUGGUGGUGCCAGACCACAGGCUCAUAACCGCCCUGCUCCCAACUCACGACCUCCUCCCUCGCCUGGUAUCGAUGGCAGUGGUUCAGACCCUUCACUUUUGCCCCUUUUCCGCGCUGUAGACAAAGAUGGUACCGGCCACCUUUCCGAGAGGGAACUUUCUGCCGCCCUUGUCAACGGAGACUGGACCGCCUUUGACCCUCAUACCGUCCGCAUGAUGAUUCGAAUGUUUGACUCCGAUCGAAGUGGCACCAUUGGUUUCGAGGAGUUUUGCGGGCUGUGGUCCUUCCUGGCUUCAUGGAGGACUCUAUUCGACCGAUUCGACGCCGACCGCAGCGGCAACAUCUCUCUAUCCGAAUUCAACAACGCACUUGUUGCUUUCCGAUACCGACUAAGCCCCCAGUUUGUUGAGUUACUCUUCAACACCUACGAUAAGAGGAAUGAGGGAGUCAUGAGUUUCGAUCUCUUUGUUCAAAGCUGUAUCUCCCUGAAACGCAUGACAGACGUGUUCAAGAAGUAUGACGACGAUCGCGACGGCUACAUCACCUUGAGCUUUGAGGAUUUCUUAACGGAAAUCCUUAAGCAGCUCAAGUAGGCGACAUAAAAACGCGAAGGCUGAAAGACUAUACGUCGGAAGCCAGCGCCGAAGCUAAACUAAACAUUGAGAUCUCUAGUUGUCAUGUGGAUUUGAUUUUUGCAUCCUAAGGGAAGGGAAAGGCCAUGCAUAUAUGUUGGAGUGGAAUUUAC